UUGUCGUUGUUGUCGUCGUCGUUUUGUUGAUUGGACUUAGAACAAUCAAAUAAUCAUUCGAAAAUCAAUAAAUUAUUGAGUUGUUUCUUUGUCCAUGUAACCUGCUUUGAUUCUGUGUUUUGAAGUUGACUAAAAACUUGACAACAACCACAGGAUUAAGUUUCAUCUCAUUUUGAGAUUCAUAAAAUGGAAAAUUCAAAUUAUCAAGUAGUGCGAUUCCUUUCACAGGCCAAGUACCAUCACCAGGAACAAGCUCGACGGCAUAUUACCAAUGUAUUGAAUAUGUAUCGUAAUCUAUACCCGUAUCUGGAAAAAUGUACAUUACCAAAUGGUAUCAAACGUGAUCUGGUCAUACUUCGUGGUACAAUACCAAUCACCUAUCGAAAAAAUACAUAUAACAUUCCUGUAUCGAUUUGGGUGUUGGAUAAUUAUCCAUAUUCUGCUCCAAUUUGUUGGGUAAAUCCAACAAAAGAUAUGACGAUUAAAACUUCUCAACAUGUCGAUCAACAUGGCCGUGUUUAUUUGCCUUAUUUGUCUAAUUGGGAUAGCGUUAAUAGCGAUUUACUUGGAGUUAUUCAAGUCAUGAUUAUCGUGUUCGGUGAUAUGCCACCACUUUUUUCAAAACCAAAAACAACCGCGAUUCCUGGAUAUCCACAAGGUAGCACAACAAAUCCACCUUAUCCUACUCGAUUUCCUGGCCAAUAUCCAUUUUCAAAUUCUUAUCCAGCCGUACAACCUGUACAACCAACAACGUCAAGCUAUCCAUCACCUCCAUCUAAUUCAUCCGAUACUGUAUCAUAUCCUGGCUAUCCAAUGAUGCCUAUGCCAUAUGGUCAACCAACAAACCAACCGACUAAUGGUUCGGUCACUGGUCAUAAUUCUUCAUCAACAUCUUCUACCGAUACGAAUACGAUCCCUAAGGAACAAAUUCGUCUAUCGUUGAUGAGUGCAGUUGAAGAUAAAAUUAAAGCUCGAUCCAAAGAAAUUCUAUCUCAACAUAAAGCCGAAAUCGAUGUGCUCAAACGAACAAGCGAUGAUCUUGAAAAAGGCCGAACUAAAUUGGAUAAUUUGGUUAAAGAGAUUGAAACAAAUCUGGUCGAACUGAGCAAAUGUAGAGAGAAUAUCCAAGCUAAAGAUUCAAAAUUAUCCGAAUUGGUUACCAAAAUGGAAUUAUCGGAAAAUCAAUUGAAUAUUGAUGAAUAUUUUGGACCAGUACAACCAUUGUAUAAACAAUUAUUCAAUGCUUUUGUUGAAGAAAAUUCAAUUGUCGAUACGAUUUUCUAUUUGAAUGAAGCUUUACAGAAAGAUGUCAUUGAUUUGGACAUAUUCAUCAAGCAUGUUCGUGAAUUAAGCCGUCGACAAUUUAUAUUACGUGCAUUGGUAAAACUUUGUCGAGAAAAAGCUGGAUUACCCACAUAGUAGUGUGUAUGUGUUACAUAUUCAUGAUAGUCAUGAUAGCUUUUUUCAAUUGGAUCAACAAUUGGAUUUGAUUUUAAAAAUCCUCCCCCGGACAUUACAUGAAGAGCCAUUGUUUUUAAUUAAUCAAUCAAAAAAAAAUUUUUUUUUUUUGUUUUAUGACUUGUUUUACCUUUCCUUAUUUUUAGGAUAGGGUGUGUGUGUAUGCAUGUGCAUGUGUAUGGUUUGGUUAUUAUGAUUAUCAUCUAAAUUCGUAAUAUCAAUAUCAAUAAAUAUAAUUUAUUUGCACACGCACAUACACACAAACACAACACAUAGAUACACAAUGCCCAAUUUUAAUUUUGAUUCUCCAAUUCUCAAUUUUCGUUAUAUUUGUCAAAGAAGAAAUAAAAAAAAAAUCUAAUUAAAUAUAAAAUAAAUAAAUAAAAAUAUAUAUUCGAUUCAAA